AUGGAGAAAGUGUUGGCUGUUUCCUUGAGUCAAAUUGCAGAAGAUGAACCAGAUUUACUAUCAGUAGGGCAAAACCCUGCAUCAUCAUAUCCCUUCUUCUCCAAGGAAUUUUUACGUCUCCAUGGCCGCGAUCUCUUCUCCUGUGCUGCCAACUGGUUUCUUGUUGACGUUGUCUUCUACAGCAGCAACCUAUUCCAGUCUCAAAUAUAUAGAAGAUAUAUCGACCCAAAAUACCCAAAAAAGGUCAAUCUCUACCAAGAUGCUUUGCAUGUUGCUGAGUUGCAAGCAAUUGUGACAAUAUGCUCAACAAUUCCAGGAUAUUGGUUCAGUGUCUUCUUCAUUGAUCGAAUUGGAAGGCGAAAAAUUCAAAUGAUGGGGUUUUUCGUCAUGGCACUUGUUUAUUUCUCGAUUGGGAUACCCUACAAAACUCACUGGGCAAAAAAUACAGAUAAAGGUUUCAUGGUCCUCUAUGGCCUCACUUUCUUCUUUGCAAAUUUUGGACCAAAUACUACCACUUUUAUAGUGCCUGCUGAGCUUUUCCCGGCGAGGUUUAGGUCAACUUGUCAUGGGAUUUCCGGGGCUUCGGGGAAGGUUGGCGCCUUGAUCGGAUCAAUUGGAUUUCUAUGGGUUGCACAUGGUCAAAAUGAGGAGGAUAAAAAGACGAAAGAGAUCAAGAGGUCGUUGAUUGGUUUAGGUGUAGUUUGUAUUCUGGGAUUGGUGGUAACGUAUCUCUUCACACCCGAAACUAUGGGAAGAUCACUAGAAGAGAAUGAGAACGAGAAUGGGAAUGAACAAAAUGCAUGA